AUGCUGAGCUUUGGCAUAAAUGCUGGUCGCAUCAUGGCCAGUUGGGGCCUUCAUGAAAAAUUGUGGCCCAUCUCCCGUCUCUCGGACGAACUUCAUAUCCAUGAUUACCUCGGAGGCCUCAUUCAUAUGCAAAAGUGGUACCUGCCGCUCUUCGGAGCGUUCUCCUACAGUGGUUAUCGAGCGCUUAUUCACGAAAUCCUUGUUGAGCAUGCAAAGUCCUUGGACAUCGAGAUUCGCAUGGGACAUCAGGUCGUAGAAUAUUGGGAGGAUGAAGCGAAUGGAAAGGCUGGUGUCAAAAUCCAAACAGGUGAAACGUUUGAUGCCGAUGUCGUCGUUGGUGCAGAUGGAGUGAGGAGCUUGGCUAGAAAAUUUGUUAGUUGUAAGUUUGAAUUUUACCCCACCAGUCAACUUACCGGUCAAACAUUGAUAAAGGGGUACAACGACAACCCAAAACCUUCUGGUUACGCUAUUUACCGAGCGUGGUUCAGUGCUGAAGAGCACGGUGCUACGACAGACCCAUUGACAAACUUCCUGACCGUUCAUGGGGAUCAGUUUUACGCGUGGAUUGGUAAAGACAUGCACUUUAUGGCGGUUUCUGUCGGCGGAGGUAAAACUAUUUGUUUGCUCAUCACUCACAAAGAUAACGCAGCUGUUGAUGGUGACUGGUCGUCCCCGGGUAAGAUAGAAGACAUAGUCGACCUUUUGAAAGACUGGGACCCGCGGUGCGCUGCAAUCGUCUCCAAAGCUCCUUCAUGCAUCGACUGGAAGCUUCUUGUACACGACCCUCUUCCUACUUGGGUCAGCAAAUCUGGUCGCGUAGUAUUGAUUGGCGAUGCUGCUCACCCAUUCUUACCAUCAAGCGUGCAGGGCGCAUCUCAAGCUAUUGAGGAUGCCACAACUCUAGCAGUUACCUUGAAUCUUGCUGGUAAGGACAACGUUCCACUGGGCACGAGGACAUGGGAAUCCAUACGGUACCAACGGGUGCGUGAUGCACAGCUGAUUGGGGAGACUACGCGUGAUAAAUGGCAUGGGGCCAAAGCUGGUGACUCCGGGGAGAGUUUUGAGCUUCCCGUACCAGAGUGGUUGGUAGCGCUCGACGUUGAGGCACACGCAUAUGCCACCUACGACAGAAUAGCUCGGUCUAUAGUUGAAGAGGGCUAUCGUCGGCCAACUCUUUCUGGGGAAGAGUUGACUGAACAGGUCAAGGAAAUACCAUAG